AUGGACGAUUGGGCAUCGGUCUUUGCUUUUCUAUUGGUUCUUGGAUGUGGCUUGGCCGUCGCACUCACAUUGGCCGGUAUCAAGAUGACUUUCCUCUUUCAAUACUACCGAGUCCUGGCAGUCCAAAAGAUGAAGAAGGUCUUUAUUGCGGCGAUGGUCAUAGUCGGCGCAUGGAGCAUCUCGCAGAUCCUUGUCGAGAUCUUCAUCUGUACCCCUAUCCCGGCAUUCUGGGACAAGAGCAUUGAUGGCAAAUGCAUCCCGAACUACCCCCAGUGGUACAUCAACGCGGCAGGAAAUAUCAUCACCGACAUUAUUGUGUUUGUGCUGCCGCUGCCAGUCAUUCAUCGACUGAAUCUAGCCCGUGGCCAGAAAUAUGUAUUGCUUGGUAUCUUCUGCCUGGGCUUUUUCACAUGUACCAUAUCUUUCAUUCGAAUCCGAUUCCUCAAGCUUGAAGAAGACUUCACUUGGCAAAACGUCGAAACCGCCGGCUGGUCCAUCGGCGAACUCUGUUGUGGCCUCGUCUGCGCUUGCCUCCCGACGUUCCGACCCCUGGUCUCUCGGUUUAUUCCCGCUCUCUCGAGCCGUAUUGCCAAGUCCUCGAAAUACCACAAGAACGGAGACUACUCUGAAAACACCGAAAGUACCUCACGCCACCGUGAUCCCGAGCUUGGUGGUACACUUGGCAACCCAAACCACUACUCUGCCCGCUACUCGAAACGUCGAACUGGCUCAGCGGAUAGCAAGGCUGAUCUGUAUGGCAUCGCCAGUUACGAUUUAAGCCAUUCUGAUGCGAGCCGCGAGGCAGGAUUACCUAUCCAAGCCUCGAGGGACAGCCCAGAUUUCACCAGUCAGACCGAUAAGAUGCCGUCUCCAUUACGGCAACAGGAGUCCAUCGAGUUGGGCGGGUAUAGACCAAAUCACCACGCCGUAGUCGAAACAAGAAUCGAAGCGGGAAGGAGAGUCUCUGAGGACGAGAUUGAGCUGCAGCCAGGAGCGCCAAUCGAGGUCAAGUGCGAUAUUGUGCAGGUCUCUUCACAGAAAGUUGAGGCAAGGGGGUUCUCAUAA